GUUCAUUUCACUCACAGACCAGUUCAUUUUCACUUCGUCUUUGAAACGGUCCACAUUUAUCUUCGGAUUGGAUCAAAACUUUUAUGUUUUUUCCUUUUGGCGUCCGAUGAAAUUUCAAUUUAGGCUGAAAGAAAAUGGGUAGCCUUCGUGAAAUCGCGCUGCUUUGCAGACUCUGUACAGAUAAUAAGCAAGUGAAUGUUCCUAUUUUCGAGGAUCAUAGUGAUAAAAAAGUAUUUCUUAAAAUUAACGCCUGUCUACCAGUUAAGAUAUCUAAAGAAGAUCAAUUACCCAAGAAAAUAUGUGAUAUAUGCUGGAAUAGGUUGGACCUGUUUUAUAAGUUCCAGAACACUUCUUCGGAUGCAGAGAAGACCUUAUCGUCUUGGCUAGCUCAAGCAAGCCAAAAAGAUGACUACCUAACAAAUGACGCUUUGGCAAUUGCCAACCCCAUAGGAAAUAUAAUCAAAGAAGAAAUUGAGGAAAGACCUGAUUUAGAUCUUGCUCAACACUCUUCUAUUGAUGAGGAAGCUGAAGAACCACCUGCAAAAAGGCCGCGCCGCUCAGCUGCCGCAAAAGCACUGAUUAAUAUUGCCCCAGAAUCUGACGAAGAAGAUGAGGAUGAACCUAAUGACGACUCAGAUCCUGUGUUUGCCCCAGAAUCUAAUAAUGAAGAUGAGGGUGAAGUGAAUGAAGAUGAGGGUGAAGUGAAAGAAGACCCAGAUACCGUGUUUGUUCUGGAAUCUGAUGACGAAGAUGAAGAUCAAAUGAUGGACGAGCCGGAUACUGUGGAUGCUGAUGCUGUUGUGAAACAAGAAGAUGAUAGCGAAGAAGAUUGUAAACCUGGAACUAGUGCCUUAGAUCAACCCGGACCAUCAGGCCUUUGUCAGCAGGGAGCUGACGAGCCGUGUUUUCAUUGUUCCAAAGAUUUCAAUUGUUUCCAACUUUGAAUUUCUACUGGGAUUUUAAUUGGGCAACAUUUUUUUUUGUGUCAAUUUUCUUUAAUUGAUGCUUCAAAUGUUGCUCGAAAUAUUGCAACCUCAUCAAUUUUGUUUCAAAGAUUGUGAUGGAAAUGUCAUUUUUAUGGCUUUUACUAACAUACUCUUGCCUUUGGUUUUUUUGAUUUGAAUCCAGCUACAACAGGUAAAAAGAGUUAAAUAUAAUUUUGUGUGUUCUGUUUGAAUGAAUGUUAAUUGUUUUUGUAUACCAAAUCUGUGAAUUUCAAAUAGGGGUGAACAAAAAUGCAGUGUUUUUAGGAUGGAAUUUUCAAUAGUGUCUAUUUUUUCUAAAAGACACAGUAACAACCUAUAGCGAUAACUUAAAAUUUUAAUUAUUCUUAAAAUUGUCACUGCCUCUCUGAACAAAAAUAGACUCUAUCUAGUUGAGUUGUUUUAUUUUGUUCAAAUUUGUAAAAAGUGAAUAAAGUUUUAGGUGUUAUAACAUGCAGUCUUUGCGCAAAUCUGUAAUCACCAGAUCCAGGAGAAUUUGUUCAGUUUUUCAGUGCUCUUCAUACUGCACCCAAAACAUUUCACUACAUUCAUUUCCAAAGGAUAAAAAUAAAUGUAGGGCUUGGCAAACUACAUUGAAAAUUGGAAAGCCAAUUACUAAAUAUAUGCAAGUUUGUAGUCUGCAUUUUACAGAUGCCGAUUUCACUCCUGGUACCAACAAAAUAAUGCAUAUAAAGAUGAAAGAUUUAAUUCAAUAUAUUUUCAGCAACUAAUCAAAGGAGGCGUUUGAAAAAACUGGCAAUUCCUAGUCAGAAAAUCCCUCAGACAUAAUAUUGAGAGUAACAACAAUUUUUGGCAUUUUAACAUAACACAAAACAAAAGCUUAUGCCAUUUCAUUAUUGUUCACCCCUAUAGACUAUAUCUUGGUAAUUUUCACGAAUAGUGUAUUUCUUUUAGAUGCGAAUAACGAAUUGUGAAUUGUGGAGACCACUGUUAUUGGAUGGUCUAUUGUCAAGAAAAGAGCCAUCUAUGAGAGUUCAAUACAUAUUUUGCAAAUUCGCAAAAUUUGAAAUUAAGGUAGCGGGAAAAUUGAAAGUGGUUUAAUUUUUUGCGAUUUUUGUUGUGAAUUUUAUGUCAGUGCAUGCAUAUUCCAAAAAUGUGUUUGUCCUCUGUUCCUUCAGUUGUUUGCUUUUCGCCAUUUCAUUUUGCCUUUGUAACUCUUGUAGUAUGUUGUGCUUUGCCAUAGUUUCAAUUUUUUUUUUCAGUCUCAUUUUUUGGACUAAUAGUGAGAUGUAUGUAAUAAAAGCUUGUAUCUAUGUAAGGACUGAAAAACUCCGAUUUUUCCACAACUAAAUUCACAUACGCAAUUCGGGAUUCGCAUUUAUAUGAACUACACUUGAGGAAUGAGUUAUAUUGUAAUAAACAUUACAUUACAGCUAUAUUAUGCCUUCUUUAAGCAGCAUAUUUACUAUAUAUAAAUAAGAAUAACAGUAGAAUUGAAUCAGUUCAUUUUGUACCUUCUUAAGCUGUUAAAAACUCUUUUUUUUUAAUUUUUCAAGAUUAAUCAGUCACAUGAUAUUGUUGUAUUAAAUCAUUUUGUUAAAAAACAUCUAAUUUUUUUCUUAAAAUUCAAUAUUCAAGUUUUGUUUUUGAAUUCUAUAGGAGCUCAAUUUUCUCUUGAUUGUUUUCUGAUAUUUCAAAAAAACAUUUUGUUUCAAAUUUUUUGUUCAUUAUGCAUAAAAGUUAGUUUAUAAGCCUCAAUAAAGAAGAUUCCGUUGAUGCCCCACUAUACUUUGAUGACAAUUCAAGAUGCAACUUCAUUAGUA